UAUAUAUAUGAUGUAUCUAACUUGUUUACAAAGGUAAACAUUUUUUUAGAUCUUAAUAUACUAUUUUUUUAAAUUAAUUUUGUUGUGUUCUAUGGUUAUAUAGUAUAUGAUAUACCUAGUAUAGUUCAUGAUAAGGUUAUUCUGUGAUGAUAAUCUUGAAAUAGACAUGUAAGAUGUAACAACUAACAAGUAACUUCACGCAUGUACCAUGCACACAUCGAGCACUUAAAGAGACCUGUCGCUAGGGCCCUAAUGCCCUAUAAUAAGAUCUACAGUGCUUUACCGUCGCUAAUUGUUUUGUGCUAAUAUCGGCAACAACCUCGAUUUAAGCACAGAACAAUAUGUGGGUGAUUUCUAUGGUGGAUACUGGAUAGUGGCUAUCUUAAAUUGUGUCGACAACUUUUUAUAUGGAUAUAAAUAAUUCGCCGUCGCUCUAUCCGUAUUAUGAUCCAAGGUAAAAUGGUAAAAACACUAAAAACACUAAGUAAAAAAUUAUUUUCUAUAGGAGAUAGAUAUCAAGGAAUUUAUGAAUUUAAUGUUAUAUUUAAAUAUGAUUUACUGUUUAUGACGCUGUUAAAGUGGUAGACGGCAGUCUUUUCGUUUUCGUUUUCGCACUGCUGCUGGGAAUCACGAAUUAGAAUAGUUAAUUAGGAUUUGAGUAUUGACUAUUAGGCUUAGGGCAUUUAGCUGAUAAUGAUAUAAUAAUUUGGAAUCAAUCAUCACUCGACACUAUAAAAAAUAAAUAAUAUAAAUGAUGUAAUAUUGUAAUAGAUAACUUGGUUCCGUGAUAAUAGUAGUAAUUAGUAAGUACUGAAAUAACGAAACAAAUGAAAUAUAUUUCAUAAUGGCGUUACCAGUGAAAGGUAUAUGCAUGGAAAUGUGUCCAAGAGAGGAAAAAAUUAUGAGAAAAUCAAAAAAACUUGUACACCAGUUAGAAUGUGCCCCAUAUAAAAUGGUUAAAUGUUUUAGUCGUUCAGCUGCAGGUAGUUCAUUAAACAAACCUCAUAUUUUAAGGCCGCCAUCAGUUUUGAAGAAUACCAUAUCAUAUCUUUUAAAUGAAAUACUCACAAUUACUAAUAUACCGUUCAAUAUUGUUUAUGAUUUUAUUGAUGACCGUUUAAAUUCUAUAAAGCAAGAUGCCACUAUACAAGAAGUGUCUGAUCAAGAUUGGAUGGCUAUUUUACCACCAAUUAUUCGGUUUCAUGCAUAUGCAGCUUAUAAAUGUUACGAAUAUGAUGUUAACACAUUUGAUCCGUUUUUAAAUAUGAAGCAUUUUCAUGAGAGCAUUUUUAAAAUUGUUAAAAUAUUUUUACAAGACUCAGACAGAGCAACAGAUAAACUUUGUUCAGAGAUGGUAUCUCUCUUGAUUGUUACUAAUUUAGGUGAUUUUAAUGUUCUUCAACAAGCUUUGCCGUUUAUCACAAAGAAAAAUACUUUGAUAAAAAUGUCAAUGGUAUUAUCGUUGAAUAUUAUGAAUGGUAAUUUUGGACAGUUAUUUGAAACAUACAAUACACUUCCAGCAUUGCAUCAGUGUGUUAUUAGUGUACAAUUACCAAUGCUUAGAAAGAUCAUAUUAAAAUCAAUGUGUGCGGGUUUUAAUUGCAAAAAUAAUUACUUUGCAAUUUCAAUCUUAACUAAAAUGUUGCUGCACAAUAAACCUCAAGAAACCAUUAAAGAGUGUCAACAUUACUGUUUAACUGUGAUUGAUAAUAAAGUGGAAUUAUCUAAGUCGUCAUUUAAUAAUGAAGUGGACGAGUUACAUUUGAAAAAGAAGAUUAUAUUCAAUGUUAAUGUAUCAACCAUAGUUCUUAAUAAUUAAAAACAUGAUAUUUUAACCGUUUAUUCUACAGGUUAUGAAAUGCAAACAUUGCUUACUCCCAUCAAACAGCAUACGUUUGUUAAAAAUAUUUUUUUGCAUAAAAAUCCGGACUCUAAUUAUUAGCAUUAAACAAACUAUGAUAUAGUUGUAUAUUUAAGCAUUCAACAAUAGUGGUUCAAA